AUGCCUUCCGGUGACGAUGUAAACACCAAUCUGGACUCUUCGCGAGUCGCGUCUGAGGAACUUCUGAAUGGAGGCUCUCGCACUAUCAAGACCGAGGCUGAAGGUGAUGCGGGCGCCCUUGGUUCACCGAUGAGCAUGGAAAUUACCGACAGGAUCAAGAAGGCACCCACGCCCGCCAAUGCAUCUUCAUCUUCAUCUUCGCCAUCGUCUGUUAUCAAAACGCCUAGUCAGAGCCACUCACCUCUGAAAAUGGAGGCUGAUGGUGACGAGAAAAUGAGCGAUCUCAAGACUAGUAGUAUUGGGGGCGAGAUCACGCUCAAACAAGAGCCUGGUAAGCCACCAAAACUAGCUCGCAGCUCGUCUCAGAAGGUCAUUGCCCGUCCACCUCAAUUGUUCAGUCAUUUACAAGACAGCGUCAAUGAGGCUCGUCAAACAUUUGAAGUCAUCGAUGAUUGUAUCUAUGGUAGCAAGUACAUGGGCCAUACAGAGCACGCCAUGGAAUGUGACUGUUCUGAAGAAUGGGAUGGAAAGAUCAAUCAUGCCUGUGGAGAAGACUCAGACUGCAUCAACCGAGCAACAAGAAUAGAAUGCUUGAAUGAUUGUAGCUGUGGUCAAGACUGCCAAAACCAGCGGUUCCAACGAAAAGAGUAUGCAAAUGUUACUGUUAUCAAAACAGCCAAGAAAGGCUUUGGCCUUCGCGCAGAGUCUGAUAUCCAACCUCACCAAUUCAUCUACGAGUAUAUCGGCGAAGUCAUCAACGAGGCCAACUUUAGGCGCCGAAUGAUUCAGUAUGACAAGGAAGGCAUCAAGCACUUCUAUUUCAUGUCAUUAAAUAAAGGUGAAUUCGUCGACGCUACCAAGAAAGGCAACUUGGCACGAUUUUGCAAUCACUCAUGUAACCCAAACUGUUACGUUGACAAAUGGGUGGUGGGUGAAAAACUACGAAUGGGAAUUUUCGCCGAACGUUACAUCCAGGCUGGAGAAGAACUUGUCUUUAAUUACAAUGUUGAUCGAUACGGCGCAGACCCUCAGCCCUGCUAUUGCGGCGAACCGAAUUGCUCCGGAUUUAUAGGUGGCAAGACGCAGACGGAGCGAGCGACGAAAUUGUCAAAUGCUACCAUAGAAGCCCUGGGUAUAGAAGACUCCGACGAUUGGGAUAUUGCAGUCGCCAAGAAACCUCGCAAGAAGAAGACAGGAGAACCUGAUGAGGAAUAUGUUGAUAGCGUUCAACCCAAGUCUUUGGAUGAGAAUGGCGUUACGAAGGUCAUGGCUGCCUUGAUGCAGUGCACUGAGAAAUGGAUUGCGGUUAAACUUUUGAGUCGUAUCCAACGAUGUGACGAUGAACGCGCUCUCAACCGCGUGGUCAAAAUGCACGGCUACCGGAUUCUCAACUCUCAGCUUGGAAUGUGGAAAGAUGAUAUCAAUGUGGUGCUCCAAGUGCUCGACGUGUUAUCAAAGCUCCCAGCCCUUACCCGAAACAAAAUCAUUGACUCUGGCAUUGAGACCACGGUGCAGCCGUUGACUGCUUUCGAAGAUGACCGUGUUGGCAAGCAAGCUUCUUCGCUUUUAGAAGUCUGGUCGAACCUAGAAGUCGGAUACCGCAUCCCUCGAAUGAAACGUGAUCCUGCGGCGUCCACGCCGCAGGUAGUCAGCCAGUUCGAGCGACGUGAGACGACAGGGAAUGAUAAUCUCAACCGAUCAAAGUCACGGUCACGAUCAAGAUCUCGCUCCAUCGAGCCUCCCCGUGGACCUGCUGCGCAGACCCGAGGUGGGUUUGGUGGGCGACCAAUUCCACAUAAUCGCGGGCCUCGAUUUUCACGACCACCGACACUGCCGCAAGGGUGGUUUGAAAGGUCUGAUGUGGAUGGAAGGUCAAUUUACUACACGGCCACUGGUCAUACUCAAUACGAGAAGCCCACGCAGCCAGCAUCGGAGAUUCCUGCCGUUGCUUCCUUAAAGAGAAAGCAUUUCCAGGAUAUCAUCGACACAAUCAUGGAGUCUCGUACGGAGACGCCUCGUGACCGCACCAGCACUCCGGGUACACCGCAGCCGCAAAAGGCAGACUCAAAGAAGGAAUCUUGGAGAUCUUAUCCAGAGGAGAAGCAAAAGAAGAUCUACGAGAACACGAUACAUCCUUAUGUCAAAUACGUGGUGGAUAAGUUCAGGAAGAAACUGCCCAAAGAGGAUUUGAAGCGAUAUGCUAAAGAGGUUGCCACGAAGUUGGUUGAUUCAGAUUUCAAACACAGCCGGGUGGAGGACAUCCUUCAAAUUUCCGAGAAACAACAGCAAAAGAUCAAGAAGUAUUGCAAGGAAUACUUCGAGAAAGCAGUAGCGAAACACAAAGCGCACGAGAAGAAGAAAGCAGAAAGAAACGGUCAUCACGACAGCAACUCGAGAGACAAGGAUCGUCUCAAUCAAUCCGCGUCUCAAACACCUCAGGGUCGAGGAGACUCAGAGUCGCCAAACGAGCGGAACGACGAUCUCAAUGCAUCCGAGGAUGGUGGCGACGAGUCCACAACCAAACGCAAAAGAGACACCAGCGAUGAAGAAGAGGUCCAAAACGGACAUGCAUCGCCUAUGAAGCGACGAAAGUCAUCAACACCACCGCCGCCGUCUCAACAUCAUCCUCGUGACGGUCUCGACGAUGAACUACAACGGUCAGGUCUUUCAGCAUCACAUCAGAGCAUUGGGGUUGUACAAUAG